AUGAUUAUUGAAUUAUAUAGAAACUAUACUUGGGUUGGUAAAUUUGAACUGAAAAGUAUAACUGUGCCUACACCUUCAAAUACAAGUUUACCAAAUACUUCUUCGACAACUGCUUCGACUUCUCCAAAAACUAUUGAUGGUCAAAAAAAUACGAUUGUUGCUGCAAUAAGUGGAAUUUUAGGUACUACAUUUGUUAUGUUAAUCGGAUUCCUUGGCUAUAAAUGGUAUCAAAAGAGAAAACAAAAUGAAAUUUUGAGGAUCGUCGGCGAGAAAUAA